AUGGUUGUGGCUCAAGCUCAGGUCCAUAUUCAGGAUCUCAGAUUUGUCCCUGCCUCUUGGAGCUUCAGCACUCAACAAUUCAGCUUGGUUCUCUGUGUUGGAGUAGAUCAGGAAUUGCCCAAGUACCUGCGUGGGUAUCACAGGUGCACGAAAGAAGAUGCUGUGCAGUUAGCUGGCAUGAUCUACAAAGUGAAGUUCAACAAAGACAGAACACAACUGGCCAACAUCCCUAAGAUCCUGAAGGAGCUGGUGCCCGCUGACAUGGUGCGUGCCAUGUCCCCAGAGGAGUGGAAAAAGGCUAUCAUGACAGCAUAUAGCAAAUAUGCAGAAAAGACCAUUGAUGAAACGAAGGUGGCGUUUCUGAAGUACAUUUUCCGCUGGCCAACAUUUGGGUCUGCUUUCUUUGAAGUGAGGCAAACAUCCGAGCCAACAUUCCCAGAUAUUGUGCUGAUCGCUAUUAAUCGAGUUGGAUUCACGCUACUUAACCCCAAAACUAAGGAUAUCCUAGCUACACAUCUUUUUAACAAGAUCGCUAGCUGGUGCAGUGGCAGCACAUACUUCCAUAUGACGGUUGGAAACCUGGUGCGAGGGAACAAAAUCCUGUGCGAGACAUCACUGGGAUACAAAAUGGAUGAUCUCUUGACUUCGUACGUGAAUGUAUACCUCAAUGCUUUAAACAGACAGAAGACAAACACUCAGAUUAAUGCUUGA